CCGGCAAUUGGGAACUGUAAGUGAAAUGGACGAAGAUAGCGACACGAGAGAAGAGCAACCGCAUUUAGAAAAAAUGGCGGCGUUCACGAAAGCCAUGCAGGUUUCUAGAGGUGUAAACAAUAUAACAAAACUUUUCACGAAUCUGUCUUUGACUUCGAAUAUCAUCACUUCUCCUAGACAUGUGUUUCUUCGCAGCACACCUGCUUUGCAUUGCGCAUUUAUACACAUCACAUUGAAACGUCAUGACUUGAUGGAAUUCUUUGAUGAUCCAAAACAUUGGGCGAAAAAUGAAGUAAAAGUCGGUCGGUCUUGGAGAAAGGAUGAAUUGAGACUAAAGAGUAAUUCAGAUCUUCACAAAUUAUGGUUUGUAUUAUUGAAAGAACGUAACAUGCUUAUGACCAUGGAAGAGGCUUCUAAGGAAGCAAAUGAAGUCUUUCCAAAUCCGGAACGUUUGGACAAAGUUGAGGACAGUAUGAAUAAUUUGGAGAUGGUUGUUUGUGAAAGAAACCGAGCAUAUCACAUGCUUGAAACUGGUGAGACAGGAGAGCGUCCUGGAAAACUAGUUUAUAGCCGCCUAGGUAUACGAUUUUUUUAUCGAAUGCGACAGUAUUCCUUUCCAAAAUUCAUGAAUAAGAGAUGGUUUAAGUUGCAUAUGCAUGGCUUUAAUGGAAUAGGAACUCGAAAGUUUCUGCGGUUUUAUAGAGAGAAACUUUGGCUCGAAAAACGUAAAACGAGAAAUCGUGAGAGAAAUCGUGUUACAAUGUUGAUAAGAAAAUUCCCAAACCUGGAUCUCAAAGCUGUAGAACAAGAAUAUCCAAAUGUGGAUAUAGAAGCGGUAAAAGCUUCCAAAAAGGCAAGAGGUCAUUACUUACCCAAGUAAAUGUUAAUAGAGUAGCAAAUUAUUGACAAUCUAUUUGUUAAUGUAAAAUAUUCGAUUACUGAUAUAAUAUAGGUUUAUCUCUGUA